AUGACGAAUGACGCCAAUCAUCUAGAGUCCAAUUGUGUAGAGGAGCAGGUGCAACAGAGCCUCCGGGAACCAUGGUGGUGGUUGCGCUGGCGCGACACACCACGCCAGCAGCUGCGCGGUACGCUGUUCGUGUACACCGCAACUUGUCCCGACGAGAAGAUACAACGAGAACGAGGUUUUGCUGCUGAUCACGAACAAGUAUAUGCUUUUGUUUCUUUCGGUCCUGAGGUAGAGACUGAUCCUCGAGAACACGUCGUCGAGAUCGUGAAGGCUUUGACUUCGAUGCGGAGUUUUGUGGAGACGCUCGAGCGCACUCUGUUCGAAGACGAAGAUUCUGAGCCUGCAGCUCGUACCUACACACACGAUGAACCUUGCAGUGUAGCGCAUCAUAGUGCGGACGCGGAUCAGCAGUUUCUCGUGGAAACUGUCCGGCACGAUAGGAUAGCUGCCGCAUAUUCAUCGAUGUCCCAGGAAAUGCACACGGCUCCUGAAGGGGCUCGCCCCGAUUGCUUCUCCAAGGGAACCAGUCAAGAUCAUGAGACUGACACCUCGCAGCCGAUACUGCGGAAAAAGGAUGAAACGGACACCUGGGUAGUUGCCUUGGGGCCUGACCACUUGGUUGCUUCGCAUACGCUUGCGGCCUGCGGCUGUGCACUCUUCCUUGGUCUCGAGUGGGACUUUCGAGCAUGUCGCAGUCGUUCAGAUGAUGAUUUUCGAAUCAUGGAGCUCUUUCAGGAGGAUCUGAAAUCUCGAGUUACCUGGCUUGCGCCUCGCCUGGGCCUGCAGCACAAGCACGCGUGCUCUGCCCAGUGUAAGGAUCAGGCGAGGAACAGGGACUCGUCUUGGGAUGUGUUGCUGCGAGAGUGGUUGCCACAAGCGAUACCUGGCGGGCCACGGCAUCCACAAGCAAUGUAG